GUUUCAGUUAACUGGCAGCAACCGUUGUGGUCAUUCACACAGAGAAUUGUGUUCGAUUUUGUUGAUAACUCUAGUCGUUCGGUUCAAUUGUUUUUUUCUUCAUAAAUUCAAGAAUUUUUAUUUAAAAAAAAAUCUUCAAAAUCAUUCAAUCAUCGUUUAAUUAUGGCACUCAAACAAUUUUCGACAAUAAUGACAAAGUGGCAAAUGCAUGCACUUAAAAAUAACGCUAGUUUGACAAAAUCAUUUUCGAAAUGUAUGUCAAGUUCGGCGGCAAGCAAAUCGUUCAACGUUGGUUUUAUUGGGCUGGGAAAUAUGGGAUCACGCAUGGCAAACAAUCUCAUUAAAAAGGGUCAUAAAAUAAAUGCAUUCGAUGUUGCACCAUCUGCGUGUAAAGAAGCAGAAAGCAAAGGCUGCACCAUCUAUGGAUCACCCGAAGCAGUUGCACAAAAAUCGGAUUUUGUUAUUACAAUGCUGCCAAACAAUGACAUUGUCUAUGAUACAUACGAUGAAAUGGUUAAGAAUGGCGUUAAUUCAAAUACCAUGUUCAUUGAUUCCAGUACAAUUGAUCCAAAUGUUGCAAAAAAGGUUCAACAAUUGGUCAAGUCAAAGGGCGCAUCGUUUGUUGAUGCCCCGGUGAGUGGAGGCGUAAUGGGUGCCGAAAAUGCAACGCUUACAUUUAUGGUUGGCGGAACUAAAGCGGAAUACGAUACAGUUAAGGGCUUGUUGGAAGGCAUGGGACGACGAAUAACACAUUGCGGUGACUAUGGAAUGGGUCAAGCGGCAAAAAUUUGCAAUAACAUGAUGUUGGGCAUUUCGAUGAUUGGCGUUUGCGAAACAAUGAACUUGGCGAUAAGACUGGGCUUGGAUCCGAAAACUUUUAACGAUAUCAUCAAUUCAUCGACCGGACAGUGUUGGUCAUCUACAAUCAAUAAUCCAGUUCCCGGACUUAGUGAAAAUGCUCCAGCAAACAAUGACUAUCGUGGCGGUUUUUCAACAGCUUUGAUUACAAAAGAUUUGGGACUUGCAUCUGGUGUGGCGACAGCCUCAAAUUCACCAAUUCCAAUGGGCGCAAUUGCGCAUCAAAUCUACCGGACGCUUACAUGCCGAGGAUUGGGCAACAAAGAUUUUUCAUAUGUUUACGAAUUUUUGAAAAACGAACAAAGUCAAAACUGAGAAUUUUUGUGAAAUAAUUUUAAGACACACUAUUCAUAUCGUUGCAUUUGCUAAUUUGAAUUGGAAUUUUCUGCUUUUUUUUAUUUGAACACUGAAAUUAACAAUAAAGACGACUGUUGAGAUAUAUAAAAAAA